GGAGAGCGGAAUGGGGGAGGGGCGGAGCCUCGCCGGGUGAUUGGCGCUGAGGCCGGGCCUGGGAGAGGCGGGGCCAAGGCUGGGGCCUGACUAAACCGGGAGCUUCGGGAGGCCGAGGGGCUUCGACCCAGCUGGGGAGCGAGGAGUCGCUGGCAGCACCGACCUCACCGCCGCUCCGCGUUUUUAGAACUUCAGCUAUCAAAAUGGGAAGAAUUUUCCUUGAUCAUAUUGGUGGUACUCGCCUGUUUUCUUGUGCAAACUGUGAUACGAUCCUCACCAACCGCUCAGAACUCAUCUCCACCCGGUUUACAGGUGCCACUGGUAGAGCAUUUCUUUUUAACAAGGUAGUUAAUCUGCAGUACAGUGAAGUUCAAGAUCGAGUCAUGCUCACUGGCCGCCACAUGGUUCGAGAUGUGAGCUGCAAAAACUGCAAUAGCAAACUGGGAUGGAUCUAUGAGUUUGCCACUGAAGACAGCCAGCGUUAUAAGGAAGGCCGUGUGAUCCUGGAACGUGCUCUAGUUCGAGAGAGUGAGGGCUUUGAGGAGCAUGUACCAUCAGAUAACUCUUGAAGAAAAAGAGAUAAAUCCAUCUUUUCCCAGGUUUCCUUCACUGAAAACAAAUCUACUUACAUACACUGUCACCUUAGCAUCAGAGUCGGAUUCAUGAACUGCGGAACAAGAGGUUGUGAGAAUCUAAGAUGGAACCUUUCUCUCUUUUUUUAAUUUUGUAUUUUCCAUCCAACAGCAGUGUGUAGAGAAUAUGAUGCACAUGCCAUUAAUUUUUUCCCUUCGUUUACAUCUUGAGGCAGAAGAGUCUCUGCAGCUACAUGGUAGGCUAUGUGAGGAAAAAAAUUGGGGCUAUUAGAGUGGAAAAAGUGUGUUUUAUGUAAACUUUGAUGGAGAAUAUGUCAAGAGCAUGGUUUUAAAACUUAUUUGGGCUUCAUUUUAAAACUUUUUUUUAACCCAGUUAUUUCACUUGAUUUGCUAGCUUCAGAGAAGAGAUCCGAAUCUGUGCCCAGCGCUAAAGGCUCAGUGUUAGUAUGGCUUGUGCUGGCCAGUGUGCCAUAUUCUUGUUGGAGAUGAACUGUAGCACCAGAGCCCAUUUUUUCUUGUCAGUCUUGACCCAAAGAUGUCACCAUUCCCAGUUGCUUGUCACCACAUAAUUGGUGUUGAUUGGAAAUUUUUUUCGAAAUGGGGCAGAACUGCUUGGUUGUCUUUUUCCAUGUAACUUAAGCAUAGUAAUAUAAAUAAAGUAAUAGUUGGAUGUUUUUGGUCCUGUGUUGCUUUUAAAAACACCUUACAGAAGAGCAGAGUAUUUGAUAAGUAACUUUUAUAGUAGUUAAGUGCUUUUUCCAUAUCUUACACUAAAUUGAGACUGUAGAGGAUAUUUGUAUAAAUGAAAGUAUACUGUUUAAAUACCCACAGUAUUUCGAAAACAGUUGGACGGAACAUCGGUGUAUAUCCAUGCAGAAAGCCUUUAAUCUGCAUCUGUUUUAGAAGGAGGGGCAAAGCAUUUUAACCCCUCAGUUUUUCAUUGACAUUGAGGUUUACAGAUCCUAUAUGUUUUCACCCAAAGGUCUAGAUCUCAUAUUAGCCUUACCUUUUUUCAGAUCUUCCCUUAAAAGUUCAGUUAAUUGGCUUUGAACUGUACUUGGUACUCUCAGGUGAGAAGGGGUCGUCAAAUUUGACUCAGGGUGUUAGCCCCAAAUUUUAUGACAUUAUAAAGUAUUAAUGUGUAAGUAUUUCCUUGUCCAAACUGCUAGGAUAUACUAGGUAUCCUAGUAUUUGCUUUUGGAACAUCUGACAGCAAAAAUGGCUAAUUGUCAAAUGAGUGCAUGAAUGUUUGCAUGUUCAGUUUUCAAGAUGUCUAGAAAGGAAAUUUGCUUCCGUUGAAUUAGUGAAAGCUUUCUGUCAUUGAUAUUAGUGACUUCUGAGUACAGUUAAGCUUUGGGCUCUUGGUUAGAGGCAUUAAGUAGGUAUAGUAUAAUAUUGCAUUUGAAGUAAGUUGGACACAGAUUGUCUCUGUUCUGCGAUAAUGAAUGAAAUCUUGAAGCCUUGAGAAACAGCAUUCAUUUCCAUUGAUUUCCAUACUGGCCUUUGGUGAAAUGCAGAUACCUAUACCUAGAAGCAUGCCUUACCUACAGCACUGUGUGCAUUUGCUGUCAAAAUAAAGUAUAUUUUGUCUUGCA